AUUCUAUUUACAUGAAGCUCGUGUGUAAGCUGCCAUGACAGGGCUGUCUUUUUUAUUAAUAAUAAUUAAACAUUGAUAAAAAAUAUUAAAUAAAUAUUAAGGAUAAUGAAUUAAAUCAAUAGUACAAUAGUAGUUUAUUGUAUAUUAAUUUGGUUCACUAUAAAAAAGACAACUGUAUGAAAGUUUUAUUUACAAAACAACAUACGAGUAAGAGAAAUAGUAAACAACGACAAUAAUAGUGUUAAAAAAAAAAAAAGUAUCAUGAUGGAUGUUGAUUUAUUACGACCAGGAACAGUUCCAAUAUCUCCAGAUACAAUAUUAUGGUUUGAAUUUCUUUUAAAUCCAUCAUUAUUGGAAAAACACAUAUCAAAGCCAUCACCAGAUCCAUCAGCAACUGAUUUAAUGAUAAAAUUUAUGUCAAUAAAUUCAGAUCCAAAAGACAAUGACAUAAGAAUAAUUGAUUCAGAAACAAAUGAAUCACGUUUAAAUAAUGGUAAAAAAUUAUCUCAUAAAAGUGUUGCAUUAAAAAUAUUAUCAUUAAAAGUUGGUGCAUUUUUAAAAUGGGAUUUAGAUAUAUUAGAAAAAAAAUUACCAUUACCAAUGCAAUUAACAUUUUUACAAGAUCUUUAUUAUAUAACUGGUGAUGUUAUUGUUGAAAUACCAAAUCCACCAGAUUAUCCAGUUGAAACAGUUACUGAUGAAUUUUUAUUUGCAAUUGUGUUAUAUCAUAGAUGGCAUAUACGAGCAAUUGUUAAUAGAUCAUUAAAUAAUAAACAAAUAAAACAACAAUUUAUUCAUAUACCAGGUAUACAAGAACCAACUUAUGUAUCACCAGCAUAUGUUGAUGAUAUAUUAAGAAAAUUAGAAAUAAAUAUACACAAUAGUCUUGAAGUAUUAAAUGCUGUAUUAAAUUUAAAAGAUAUUAAUCCAAAAGUAUUGACAUUUGAUACAUUUCAAAUGUUAAAUGAGGAUACAUUAGAAAUAAAACAAAAUUGGAAUAAUAUGAAAUCAAUAUCUGUUGAUGAAUUUAAAUGUCAAAUACAUUAUGAUUUAGCAACAUUUUAUUUAUUAAGAGAAGAAUAUAAAGAAGCUAAAUAUCAUGUAUCACAAGCUAAAAAUUUAUUUAGUAAACUUGGUACAACUGAUACAUUAUUAUAUUGUCGUGUACAAAAAAAUAAUUUACAUGGUUAUUGUUUAGCAACAAAUGUACAAAUUGAAGGUAUAAAACCAACACUAACACAACGUUUACAUAAUUCAAUAAAAGAACAAUAUACAAAUAUAAUUGAUAUAUUAAAAGAAGAUAAUAUUACAAGAGAAAUACCAACAGUUUAUAGAGAUAAUCUUGAACUUGAUAUACAAGGUGGUUUAGUUAAUAAAAAAAUAUUUGUAUCACGUGAUUUAUUACUAAAAAUUCAAUGUUUAAAUUUAGUUAGAAAAAUUAUUGAUGGUGAUGUUGUACAAGGUAAUUAUAUAACUGAAUUAAAAAAUGCAAAUAGUAAAGGUUUAGAUUAUUUAUUUGAUGCUAUUGAUAAUGUAUUAAUAAAUUCAACAAUAAUUCAUAAACAACGUAUAUCACGUUAUUUAAUGUAUUUUAUGAUUAUGACUGAUAUGCCAGAUUUUCCAUUAAGAAUAUUAUCAAAUGAUAAUUAUAAAUCAUUAUUUAAUGAUGAUGAUUUAAAUGAAAUUAAAAAACAAGCAACACCAGAUACAGAUGAUAUACCAGAUUUAUUAUUAAAUAAUAAUUGGGGUGUUACACUUGUAACAUAUACAAAAAGUCAUGCAUUUAAUAGAUUUGAACUUGAAAAAAAAUUAAUAUUAUCAUAUGAUCCAAUUGAAAUACGUGAUAUAUUAAUAAAACUUGAUGGUAAUAGUUCAAUAAAUCCAUUAUGGAAAACAAAUUGUCGUUGGGAUUUACCAAUACCAUUACAAAGUGUUAUUAUGUCAUUACCACGUUCAUUUCAACAAGAUUAUUCAUAUAUAUUAUUAGCUAAAACACGUGAAUUAGUUACAUUAAAAAAUUUUGAUAAUGCAAGAUUAUUAUUAAAUGCUAUUGAACAAGAAAUUAAACAUAAUAGAUUAUCAAUAAAAUUAUCAAUAAUGAUUAAUUGGGAAUUAAUACUUGUUGAUAUAUGGCAUUAUUUAAAUGUAUGGCCACUUAUUGAUUGUUGUGAUAUUAAAAAAUUAACUGAACGUUGUAAAGAAUGUCUUGAUUCAUUACAAUCAACUGAUCAACCAAUUCCAAGACAAGAAAUUAUUGAAAAUUGUACAAUAUUUUUGUUAAAUAUGUGUGAAUGGGAUUAUUUAUCUGGUCUUGAAAAACGUUGGAAUCAUUAUGAAUUUGCUGCUGGUUUAAGUAUACUUUGUCAGGAUGUUGUUAAAUAUAAAGGAACAAGAAAAUUUUCACGUGAAGCAUGGGAUAUUGUGUUGUUGGCAUUUGGACCAAAUAGAGAACAACCACAAAAACGUACAAGUAGUAGUAUUAGUAGUGGUACAAGUGGUAAUAGUGCAGCAAAAGAUAUGCUUACAAUAAUAACAAGUACAUUAUCACGUCUUCGUGAACCAACAGCAUUAAAUAUUGCUAUUUCAUUACUAACAAGAAUACAUAAUGUAUUAAGAGAUGAACAAACACUUGAAGUUUAUUCACAGUAUCUUGUUUUGUGGCCUGCAAGUAUACCAAAUACCAAUUCAUUUCCUGUAAGAACUGUUGCUGAAUUUUUAUUACAGCUAUUAACACAGGCAUUAAAAUAUUAUCCAACAAAUGUUUGUUGGCUUCGUGUUAUGGCUGAUUUAAAUUUUGUAUUGGGAUAUUAUGAAAGUGCAAUGAAAUAUUAUCUUGAAGCAAUAAUGAUAUCAAGUGAUUUAUUUUCAUUACCUAUACCAAGAACAAUUCAACCAGUAUUUUGGCGUAUGAUAAAAUGUUGUGCUCAUUUACAAUGUUAUACACAAGCAACUGUUUUAUGUCAAUUUUUGGAAGAAGUUAAUUAUUCAUUAGCAUUUAAAAUGGCAUCAAGUGAUCAAAAAAGUUGUGCAACUGCUGAUGCUAUGGAUGCAUAUUAUCAUUGUAUAUGGGAUACAACAAUACUUGAAUAUCUUAUUAAUUUACAUUCAAAACGUGGUGAACAUCAUAGAAAACAGCUGGCAAUUAAAGUUAUUGGUUUACUUGAAUUAAAUUCAAAUAAUAAUGAAGAAAUACAACGUGAAGCUGCUAAUAUUAGAAAAGCAAGAUUUUUUAGAGCACUUGCUAAACAAUAUGUUUAUUAGGUUCGUUUAUAAUUGUAAUAUUAUUUUUUUUUUUUUUUUAACUUGUAAUAAUAGAUAAAAUAGAUUUUUUUUUCUUUUCUUUUUGCUUUUAUUUGUUAACAUGAUUUAUGAAUAAAUAAAAAAAAUACUUUAAUAAAAUAUUACAAAUAUUAUUAAAUUAUUUUUUGUUUGAAUUUUUCAAUAUUUUUUUAUUUAUUUAUUUGUACUUUUUUUUUUAAUUAAUUUCAAAUAAUUUUAUAGUAAAACAAAGAACACAAGGAGAAAAAAAAAAGUACAUAUGAAGUGUCGACAAUUAGUGUAACAAAAAAAAAUUGAUACACUCUUUGAUGAACAUGAUUUUCCCACAGUAAUACAAACCGUUAUGUUUCACUUCCUUUUGGAACAAUUUAUUAAACACUGUGAAGUUUUAAUUUGCCAAAGAAAGACUCAUUAAAAUAUCGAAAUCCAAGAGCUUAAUUGGUAUUUAAAAAAAUAUUCAUUAAUAUACCUAUAUAUAUAUAAUUAUUUUAAUCGAAAAAUUAAUCCUUAAAAAUCAAUUUGAACAGGGGAAAAAGAAAUAAAAUUUUGACCAUUGAUGAAUAAGUAAAAAAAAGAAAAUAUAAAUUCCUUCUUUUGUAUGGAGAAAAAAAAAACCGGAAACAAGUGUUUAAAUUUUGCGUAAAUGUGUUGGUGUAUAUCUGCCAACAAUAAACCUAUUCAACCAAAAAUAAAAACCCAUUGGUUAAAGGAGAGAAUUCCAAAAAUUGUGUGCAACGAAAAACAUAUAUUAACUUUAAAAAAAUAUAUCAAUAUUAAGCUUAAUUAUUUGGAAAAAAAAAAGAGAAAAAAAUGAUACAAUAAUCGAUACAACACUUGUGAUUUUUAGAAGGUUCGAAAAAAAAAAAAAAUUUCUCAAUUCUCCCAACACCUGUAAAUACCUUAUUUUAAAACCUUCAAUACCUGCCAACAACAUUCCAUUCAAACUAUCUCCCUUCUCCCUAUUUUCAUCUUACAUUUUUUUUUUUUUUACAUUUCCCACUGCACCAUAUACAUUAUUAUUAUUUUCUUGCACAAUAAAUGUGCAUUUAGCAUGGUUUACCCUCCAGGCAAAAUAAAUAAUACUAAAUAAUGAUAAUGAUAAUAGUGAAGGGAACGAUGCAUAAAUGUUGUUGUAGAAAAAAAAAAAAUUAUUAUAUCCAUACGGAAGCGAAUCUUAGAAAUAUAUAGAAAUAAUAAAGAACAGGAGAAAAAGAAAAUUCGUGUUACUUGGUGAUACUCCAUAGUGAUGGACCAAUAGAAAAUUUAUUCCAAGUGUGUUACAUGUUGAACACCCGUGGCUUGGUCCACUCUUUUUAAAAAAAAAAUCUCAUCAAGAAAAAAAGAGGGAGAUGAUAAUUAAGGUGUGCUAAGGAGAAGGUGAGAGGGCUGAUACACCAACACUUGUUACUUUUUGAUAUGUAUAUAUGUAAGAGGCUUUGAACAGAGAGAAGACUUCUCUCUGCUUUGAAACACGUUGGUUUUAAUAAAAAAGAAAAGAAAAAAAAGGCAUAGCUAAACCAAGUGACUGAAGCAGACUAAAGUCCUCGGCAUCGGCAAUCGCGACAUCAUCAUACACAACCGGGACAUCAUUCUCUCGGCCAUGUUGCAAUUUUUUAUUAAUUAAUUUAAAUUUAUUUAUUUAAUAAUAUUAUUUAUAAAUUUUUAAAUAUAAUAUUUAUCAUUAUUUUUAUUUUGGAGUAAUUUUGAAGUUUUUACAAAGUGCGUUAAGUAUAUAUUUUUUUUUUUUGGAGUUUAAAAAAAGAUAAACAGGUGUUUGAUGGUGCUAAAAAAAAAAUUAUCUAUAAAUUUUAUUUUGCAAUUUGUUUAAUAUAUUGUAGUUUUUUAAUACUUGUUUUUAUUUAAACUAUAUUUAAUGUGACAUUUUUUGUUUUUUUCUUUUAUUGAUAAUAAAGGGAUAAAAGAUCGAGUCGGGUUACACAUACCUUUCACUUUGAAUUUGUGUCGCAAAUACUCACUGAGUGAUGUUGAAUAUGUAAAAUUAUUGUUAAAUAAUAAUAUUAAUGUUAAAUAUUAUUUUUAUUAUUUGUAAUUGUUAUUUAAAUUCAAUUCAAGUAUUUAAUUAUUGUGUGUUUUAAAACGUGAUUGUAAUAUUUAAUUAUCAACUACAAGUACAUUUCUAUUACUCUGGAUUUAUUUAAAAAUAAUUAUGUUAUCCAGUGAUUUAUAAAAGUGAGGAAUUUAAAUUAUUAUCCAGCACUUAUCCAUAAAAAUAAAAAAAAAAUAAGAAAAAGAAGAGGAACCACAAUCGGCUGACCCAGAUAUUUUGGUAGCAGAUAGCCCAAGGCAACGAUACAACCCACCUUGAAAAAAAAAAUAUAUAUAUACUUCAUCAACA